AUGAAGCUGACUGUAGUAGGUGUGUUGUGCCUCUCCCUUCUUUUGAUUCACAUUCAUUUAUCACUGGCUAAGAAAAAAAUAAAGCUUAGUGAGAAACUAAAUAUCUUUAAGAAGCCCCCUAAAAUAAAAAUUAAUCCGGACACCGGGUCCAAGGUUAAACCACAUAGACCAGGGGGUUACCCUGUCCAAGGAGGUUACUACCAGCAGCCACGAUACCCAGCACAAAGCUCCCCAUAUGCAGGAGGUUAUGGUGGGUAUGGCAGUUAUGGAGGUUAUCCAGGUGGAUACAUAAACUAUAACCCAAACAACAGAGUCCUGAGCCCUCACUAUGGUGGCAGCUUUGGAUAUGGGGGCUAUGGUGUUAGCGGGGGCUCUCCCUUUUCCCACUCUGUUCAAGAAAUGGGCAUGUAUCCCUCUGAUCAAUCCAGAGGGUUUGGGCGUAGUGCAGUAAUGGCAGCAGCUGGAGGGGCUAUGGCAGGAAUGGCUCUGGGCUACGGGUUAGGAAGGUUCCCUCGUCCUCACUUCCACUUCCACAACCCACAGGAGGAACAUUACUACAACCACUACAUGUACAGGAAAUAUGGUACCAAGUCUACAGAUACAAAUGACUACAGCAGAGACUACAGCUACACCCAACCCCCUGAGACCUAUGACAGAUACAUGGACUCCUGCAUGAAGAGAGCAGACCUUCUGCCUGCCAAGAAUCAAAAGCCGAAACACAAACCAGCUGCCACUACUACAACUACAAGCACCACCACAAAUACUUCUGUCCCAGAUACUGGCACUGGCAGCAAUACAACAAAGAGUAACAUCACUGCAGCAGGACCCUCCUCACCCUCUGCACCUUCAACUCCCAGCCCUCUAAAUCAGCUUGAAGCCAGUCCUGUGCCUCCAGUUUCACAGUCUCUCCAAAAAGCUGAUGAUGAUGAUACUGUCAGCAUUGUGGAGAUCGGCUACCCAGCGCUGAUCAAGCAGCUAAAGGUCAGGAGAUGCAUAGAGCUAUACAUGAAUUACUCUGCAAAGUACUUGAAUAAACCAAAAGGAGGGGCACAGGGACUGGAGAUGGGCUUGCGAGGGCUUUUAGCUGUGUUCACUAGUACUAUACUGAUGCUACUGAAUAGCAACAGGCUGCUUCUGCUGCUGCACUGA